CAAAUUAAAAAAAAGAUAUAACUAUUUUCAGUUGGUGGCGCCUUUGCUCCUUCCAUCUCUUAUCCAUCUUCAAAGACACCUUAUUUUUCCUGCUUCAAAGAAGCAGCGAUCUGAACAAAACUAUGGCUCUCUCAAUCUCAUAUCCUGCGCCCACGGCGCACAUUAGCUGCUCUGCCUCUUCCCGGAGCUCCACAGUUCCCUCUGCUUCCCUGCUGAAAAAUCUCAAGCCCCCUCGUUUCUGGCCAUGGCAAAAGGUAAAGGUAGGAUCUCUGAGUGUAUCUCCAAUGGGGUUUGGAACGUGGGCUUGGGGCAAUCAGCUUUUGUGGGGUUAUGAAGAAUCCAUGGACGCUGAGCUUCAGCAGGUUUUCAAUCUUGCCGUCGAGAAUGGGAUUAAUUUGUUUGAUACAGCUGAUUCCUAUGGCACCGGUAGAUUGAAUGGGCAGAGCGAGAAGCUUCUUGGCAAGUUUAUCCGCGACUUUCCAGGGAAUAAGCAGGUGCGGGAUAAGAUAGUGAUUGCAACGAAAUUUGCUGCAUAUCCAUGGCGCCUCACGCCUAACCAAUUUGUGGGUGCUUGCAGGUCUUCAUUAGAUAGGCUCCAAGUGGAUCAGAUUGGAAUAGGGCAACUGCACUGGUCGACUGCGAAUUACGCUCCUCUCCAGGAAGGAGCUCUUUGGGAUGGUUUAGUGGCAAUGUAUGACAAGGGAUUAGUAGGAGCAGUUGGUGUGAGCAAUUAUGGACCAAAGCAGCUACUGAAGAUAUACAAUUACCUUGAAGCCCGCGGAGUGCCCCUUGUCUCAGCUCAGGUGCAAUUCUCAUUGCUGAGUAUGGGAGAAGAUCAGAUAGAGAUGAAGAGGAUAUGCGACUCUCUCGGGAUUCGAGUUAUCGCUUACAGUCCUUUGGGACUUGGCAUGCUUACUGGAAAAUAUACUCCUUCCAAUCUUCCAACUGGACCGCGGGGGUUUCUAUUUCGACAAAUAUUGCCAGGGCUCCAGCCUCUCUUGGAUUCUCUAAAACAGAUUGCACAAACAAGGCGAAAAACCACAUCCCAGGUUGCUAUAAACUGGUGCAUCAGUAAAGGUACAAUCCCCAUUCCUGGGGUUAAGUCGAUCAAACAAGCUGAAGAGAACAUGGGAGCUCUCGGUUGGCAACUCAGUUCAGAUGAGAUGCUACAGUUAGAAUCUGCAGCUCUACAAUCUCCCAAAAAGAUGGUACAGAACAUUUUCCAAACUAGGUAAAAUGCAUCUCUUGUUUAUUUCCAACUUGGCAAAAUACAUAGCAUUACACUAAGUGAAGCUAAUUUGUUACUCAACUACAGAUGAAUCGUACAUCACCAGCCGCAAGUAUAUUCAAUUCAAAUGGCAGAUUUUCAAGAGUUAUCAAGAUCAAGUUACUCCUGGCAAUGCAAACUUAGAUAUAGAGCAACAAAUGACAAUUCGUGGCCAUGCAAACUUAGAUGUAAGGCAACAAACAACAAUUACAAUAGCAAGUGACAGAAUCAAUACAUCAUAUCGGCAGAAGCGACUGAGAAUAUUUCUAUUUAUCAAAAUAAAUGUACAUUCAAACUUGAAAAGAUGCAAGAACGUGAAAACAUCAAUUCUCA